AUGGUGCAGACGGAUAAGGAAGCUCUUUGAGAAAGUCUCUGCAAAAGGACACUUAUCAUGCACAUUGACCUGUGGUCGGUGUCACAGGAGAAUCAUGCAAAAAAACAUCUAAAAUGAGUUCUCACAAAAGCCUAUAGAACUUGCUCCUGAUCAUUGUUUUGCACCAAGUGCAACAAACUCUCUCUGUUCCCCCAACUGACAAAAGCUGGACCAGUGAUUACAGGAACUGACAACACACACACACACACACUCCCCAGCGAUGACUAGUACUCGGCUGCUGGAAACUCCUCCAGAAGAGCUUGUGUUUGGUGGCCAGCAUUCCCGCGGGAUGGUGUCCGACGUGUCCGCUGUGCCCCGCGGCGUCCUGGGACCCUCGACGCCCCCCCCGGCCGUCUGGCCCCCUCUGGACUUUGCCCUGGGCGCUCUGGCCUGCUGCGUCGCCUGCGUGUUCACCAAUCCCCUGGAGGUGGUAAAGACCCGUCUGCAGCUUCAGGGAGAGCUGCGUGCACGGGGGUCCUACCAGAGACACUACCGGGGGGUCCUGCAGGCACUGUGGGUGGUGGGCCGCACCGACGGGUUCCGGGGCCUGCAGAAGGGCCUCUCCGUGGGCCUGAUGUACCAGGGGGUGAUGAACGGUGUGAGGCUGGGCUCCUACUCCUACUGUGAAGCUCUGGGCAUCACCUCGUUCCACGGGGGCAGUCUGCUGUCAGGAGCUGGGGCCGGAGCGGUGGGGGCCUUCAUCGCCUCUCCUGCAUACCUGGUGAAGACCCACCUGCAGGCUCAGACUGUGGAAGCCAUAGCUGUGGGCCACCAGCAUAACCACCUGGGAGUCUUUGAUGCCUUUGGUACCAUCUAUAGAAGAGACGGUGUAAUUGGCCUUUGGAGGGGAGUGAACGGGGCCGUGCCUCGAGUCAUGGUGGGAUCAGCUGCUCAACUGGCAACCUUCACAUCGGCCAAGGGAUGGGUGUCACAUACCCAGUGGUUCACUCCAAACAGCUGGCUCAUAGCUUUGAUAGCAGCCACGAUCAGUGGAGUCGCCGUGGCGAUCAGCAUGACCCCGUUCGACGUCAUCAGCACGCGGCUCUACAAUCAGCCCGUGGACGAGUUUCGCAGGGGCCGUCUGUAUCGGGGAUUUUCAGACUGUAUGCUGAAGGUGUGCCGAUCCGAGGGCCUGCUGGGGCUUUACAAAGGCAUGGGCCCUGUCUUCCUGCGCUUGGCCCCACACACAAUGCUCAGCAUGCUGUUCUGGGAUCUGAUGAGGCAACAGAGCGUAAAGCACAACCGGAGCUAAGGAAGCAGAUUACCUCCCAAUGAUUGACUGGAAUCUGGACAUCAAAUAAAGCUAAUUUUUGAGAUUUAGAUAAAGGUGCCUUUUCACUUUCCUGUAGACAGUAAAAUAAGCAUAUUUCCCAAAAUGUUGAACUGUUGCUUUAAGUGAGAAUCACUUAAAGGUUGCACAAACAUUUUCUGGAGUUACUAUUGAAUUUCCAUAUAUGCUGUUCAAAGGGAUGAUGUCUCUUUAGUUCCUCAAACGAUGGUUUUCGGGCUUUUUCUGCAGCGAAGCGGAAGUGAGACCCGUGUGCUUGCAGGUACGUCGAUGGAGUCCCGAUGAGAUGAAGAAAAAGGCGUAUUAUCAAACAUAAGCUCUGUGUUGUUCAGAGCCCAGUAUGGCUGCUGUCACAGUUUAAUACAUCAUUCUAGAUGCCUUGUAUGUUAAAUGUAAAAGAAAAAGUCAUUUGGGAUUGUUUUUAUUCCCAUUUUGAUUUGAGGUUUUAUCUACAGAAAUGUAACCCUAAUGGUGCUUCAAGCCUUUAAACAGCAAUUGAUGAUGAUGAUGAUGAUGAUAACAACAAUAAUAAUAAUAAUAAAG